AGUACAUAAAAAAAAAAAAAAACACUAAAAUGACAAAAAUACCCUUGAUAUUAAACCUCUCAAGUCUCUUCAUUCUUACGCAGCGCCUCCACUAGAUAAUUACAGUUGCCGUCUUUUAUUCUCCCUUCAAUCUCUUCAACUUUCCUCUCCGGCGAACUCCCCGUCUCUCCGCCGACGACGGCCGGAAAAUCGACGUCGUCUUCAAACUUUUUGCGAAAUUUAAGGUUAAAAAAGAAUAUUGGCACUAGUUUUACUCUAAUAACUGUGACGGGAUUAGAGAUCCAUAGAAUUGGUCUCUCUGAGAUUAGUGAGAUAUCCAUUGAAGCGCAGUUGGCGUGAAUCUAGUUGUUGUAUCCCCCAUUGAAGCAACUUCUGAGAGUGUAAACACAUUGAUUGCAAUUGCAUUAACCAAAAACCUCAAGAUGAAGGUGGUUGCUUUGGUCAGCGGCGGCAAAGACAGUUGCUAUGCCAUGAUGCAAUGCAUCCAUUAUGGCCAUGAGAUCGUGGCCUUGGCUAAUUUGAUGCCCGUGGAUGACUCAAUCGAUGAAUUGGACAGCUAUAUGUAUCAAACUGUGGGUCAUCAAAUUGUUGUCAGCUAUGCAAAAUGCAUGGGAUUACCACUAUUCAGAAGGCGAUUACAAGGAUCCACCAGGCACCAUGAACUUAGUUACAAAAUGACUCCUGGCGAUGAAGUUGAAGAUAUGUUUCUUUUAUUAAACGAAGUGAAGAGGCAAAUACCCGCUAUUGCAGCAGUUUCUUCAGGUGCAAUAGCAUCAGACUAUCAGAGGCUACGAGUUGAAAGCGUGUGUUCACGAUUAGGACUUGUGUCUUUAUCUUAUUUGUGGAAACAAGAGCAGUCACUGCUCUUUCAAGAAAUGAUAUCAAGUGGGAUCGUUGCUAUCAUAGUGAAGGUUGCAGCUAUUGGAUUGCACCCUGCAAAGCACUUGGGAAAGGAGCUAGCUGAGUUGCAGUCCCAUCUUCAUCAUUUGAAUGGCUUGUAUGGAUCUAAUGUAUGUGGUGAAGGAGGGGAGUAUGAAACGUUGACCCUUGAUUGUCCCCUAUUUAAGUUUGCUCGAAUUGUGCUGGAUGAUUUUCAAGUUAUAUUGCACUCUCCAGAUUCCAUAGCUCCUGUUGGGGUUCUUCAUCCUUUGGCUUUUCAUUUAGAACCAAAGGGAUUGUCUACAGAUUCAAGUGACAGCAAUCUUAGUAAUGGGAUAUCUUUGGAGGAUAUGGAUGGUGUCUAUGAAAUUCAGGGAGAUAACACAUUGUUACCUGCAGACCCAAGCCAGUUUUCUGACUCUCUUUCUGAUCUGAUUGCAAAUACUUCUUAUCAUCUGCAAAUGUCAAAAAUAGACAGGGGGGAUACUUUCUCCAUCUGUUGCUGGUUGCAAGAUUUGCACAGAUUAUCGACUGGUUUGCAGACUGAUCUCAAAGUUGUUUUAUCUCAUCUUGAAUCACAACUCAUGCAAUGUGGUUUUAGUUGGGAGGAUGUGCUCUAUAUUCAUAUGUAUAUUGCUGAUAUGAAUGAGUUUGCUGUGGCAAAUGAAACAUAUGUGAGCUAUAUCACCCAAGAAAAAUGCCGAUUUGGUGUUCCAUCACGCAGCACAGUAGAGUUGCCUUUAUUGCAAGCAGGGCUAGGGAAAGCGUAUGUUGAAGUUUUGGUGUCACGGGACAAAACUAAAAAUGUUCUACAUGUACAAAGCAUUUCACGAUGGGCACCUAGUUGUAUAGGGCCCUACAGUCAGGCAACCUUACAUCAUGGAAUACUUCAUAUGGCUGGGCAACUUGGUCUUGACCCUCCAACAAUGACCCUUUGUGAUGAUGGCAUUAUUUCAGAGCUGGAUCAGGCAUUGUUGAAUAGCGAAGCGAUUGCUGAUAGCUUUCGUUGUUCAAUAUCUUCCUCUGCAAUUUCAUUCGUUGUUUACUGUUCAAUACAAACUGUAUCCUUGAAUAGGGUUGAUAUGCAGGACAAGUGGGAAGGAUUUCUUGAGCAGUUAAAGAAACUUCAUUCAGCUAAAAGAAGUGGAUUUAAAGUAUUUGAUCCAAUUCUUUUGUUUGUCCUCGUCCCUCAAUUGCCGAAGAGAGCACUUGUUGAGGUAAAACCAACACUUUUCAUUGUGGAGGAUGAUUCUGAUACAGCAAGUGACACAGAUCAACCAGAUGCCAGUGAUGCUACUCCACAAAGUUACUGGGGGUUUCAGGAGGAUCCGUGGCAUGAAUCUUGCCUUCAAAAAUGCGUUAUGCUGAAACAUAUAUGUGCAGUUAUGCUAAGCAUUACAAGUGAAAAUAUUGCAAAGAUUUGCGAUGACUCCCUGGUUUCCGAGCAUUCCCUUUCCGAAGGACAAACUGAAAAGGUUGCAAAGUUCUGCAUUUAUCUUAUCAACAAAAUCCUCACCGAAAACAUGUUUUCCUGGGAACAUGCAAUGUACUUGAGGAUUUACUUUCAAACUGGUUCUUUGGUGCAAAUGGAGAUGUUAUCACUUACAUUCAGCCAAGCAUUCAAAGAAUUCGGAAAGAUCAACCCAAAGUUUAAUAGUGGCCAAGCCGAUCCCAUUUUUAACCUCAUUCCUGUCCUCGGCUCUGGGAGGUCAGCAUUGUCUAUAGAUGCAGUAUUGACAUGUGAGUUGCUAGCUCAGAAGCUUUCAUCUUAGAUUGGUGUAAUCCUUAUUUUCUAGAAAGACACAAGGUUUGGUUAAUGAAAUUGUAGAUUAGUAGAAACAGAAAAACGAAAUUGUUAGCCAGUUAUUUUUUGUUCUUAUUACUAUCUCCAUAUUGUCUUUAAUUUGUAUGAUUGUCUGAGAGAUAGAACCAUUAUUAGCGUGGAGUUCCUCGUGGGCGCGCAGGCGGCAGCCAGCAGGCCUGGGUGGCGCUUGCAUUUCAUAUCUUAUUUUCAAAAGAUUUUAUUUUGUAAUUUAAAUUUAAACACGUAGACAAUAAGACAUUACGUGUCUUGCUUAAAUGAAUCAAAAUUAAUUGUAGUUAUGUUGGGUA